CACAACUAGUCAUGACAGAAAUUGUGGAGCGUAUGAAAAAGAAAAACAUUGUUAAACCGAUCGUUUAUGGUAACACAGCGACUCCGUUCGGAUACAAACGGGAUUCUGAUCAACACACACAUCAAUGGACAGUUUUCCUAAAGCCAUACCUUAUAGAAGAUCCGACCAAGUGGAUCCGAAAAGUGCAAUUCAAACUGCACGAGAGUUACGCAGUUCCGUACAGAGUUGUCGAAAAACCACCAUAUGAAGUAACUGAAACUGGGUGGGGAGAGUUCGAAAUUCAGAUUAGAAUCUAUUUCGUGGAUCCAAAUGAAAAGCCAAUAACAGCUUUCCAUUAUUUACGGCUUUUCCAGCCGACCAUUGAACUGCCAUCAGGAAAUCAAAUUGUUUGCAUGGAGUUUUAUGAUGAAAUUAUUUUCCAAGAGCCGACUGUCCAAAUGUACAAGGCACUGCAGGCAAGCGAUGGAAAACGGCCUGAUAAACAGGCAUUUUUGAAUGAUAUUGAACAAGUGAAAACUAGGACUCGUGAAUUGGGGGAGGUGGCUCAGAAAGAAAUCGCCGCCGAAAUAGAAGACCUCCGUGAAUCACUGAAAGAUGCACACAAGAUGAUUGUCAAGUACAACACAGAAUUGGCCGAACAAGAAUAAACACACUCUAACUGAUCUCAUUUUAACCUAUUUUUGAUACAACAUUCUAAUAUUUUGAGCACUUUGAUAAACAUUUAAGCAAAUUU